AUGGAUGACAUCAAACCCGAACUGUUGGUCAAGUACCUCUAUCAACAGCAAUGUUCGAAACUCUGGAUAGGUAGUGGCGCGGCGGAGGAUAAGGAAGGUGUCAUUUUGCAUAAGAAAGAAGGCCAAUAUUUCGCAUGCCCUGAACAGCUGGCAGAAUCCUCAUUCGCCAAGGCUGCCGCCGCUCUCAAAGCCGAGGUAGGCCGCAAGGGCAUAUCCCACUCUGAUCUGGGACUUACCAUCGCUGACCCUAGUUCUCAGUGCGUUAUGACGGUGAAUUCUCAUAUCAUAAGAACCUUCCUGCAGGGCUUCACCGGGCCAGAAGUGCCUCUGGACAACGGCUGUCGAGCCCAAGUCCUUCCCACUAUUGAAGAUCUCGCCCACGCCACGAGGCAAAAUUUCGCUGCCUUCGUGGCGUCAGAGGGUCUUUUGGUUGUUUGGGAUAAAGAUGCAUUGAAUAUCUUAUCGCGAGCUUCCAAAAUUGAAACACAUCUCACGGAUCUUAUAUGGAAAUCCGACGGCAAUGAAGACGAGGCAGACGAGUAA